AUGAAACUUUGGAAAAAAAUUGACAUCUUUUCUGAGUAAUUUUUCUUUAAUAUAGAAGACAAAGACAGGAAAAAGAAAGCUACAUUACUUGGUUUAGGGCUUUCUACACUUGUGUUCAUAGUAACUCUAGGAUACUUUCUCUAUUUACUUAUUUUGUUUUUUACCAACUAAAUACAACCUAUCUUUAGAUAAUAAAGUUUUAUCUAAAAUGAUCUUAUAUAGCCUGAUUUAAAUAAUGAAUUAGUUGCAUUCAAAAUUGAAUCUGGUGAUUUUGUUUAUCAACCCAACAAAACUUACUUAAUUUACAUGGCUUAUUUUUUCUAGUAAGAAAAAAAUAGAACUUUUUUCCCUUUAAAUGUAAUAGAUUGUUAAAGCGAAGAGCUUUAAGGAUAUAAGUGCUUGGAUUUUUCUUAAAUAUCUAACUAUAAAUUUUCUUUAAACACAUUAUAAGAAUUAUAUUCAUAAAUAUAAAUCUUUACAUACGGUUGUUUAGAUGUGGAUAAGAUUAAAACUUUCGUUCCUGAUGAUUGUGCAAGUGAAGAUGAAAUCGAUGCUCUUGUAAAUGGUGUCAAUGUAGGAUUAAGGUAUAAACUUUAUACUGCUUAAUAUAAUACAACAUCUUAGUAAAUGCAAUCAGAUUACAGAAAUAUUUUAGUUUACACAUUUGCGAGCUAAGCUAUAAUAACUUUUGUGAAUAUGUAAACAUAAACAACAAAUGUAAAAUAAGGAUUAAUUUGCAUGAAUAGAAAAGCAGCUCUUAUUGAUGGAUAAGGUCCUAUUAACUCUUUAUAUUUGUAAAUAGAUGAAAUAGUUAAUUUAAUACAAAUUUAAUACUCAACAUUACCUUAAAUUCUAGCUAUUGUUAAUGGAGUUUUUUCACUUUCAAUGUUAAUAGGGUAUGUAGGUAGAAAGUUUUCUUAAAAGAAAAUAAAUGAUGAAUUUCUUUUGCUAUUUUUGAAGAAUAUUUUUUCUGGCUAAUAUUUCACAAUACUUCAAUCAAGCAAACUUCUCUAAUCCGAAUAGAAAGAAAUUAAUUUUGUGACAACAUAUUUAGAAAAUAGUAGCAACUUAUUUGAAAAUAAAUAAAUAUUAUAUGAUACAAAAGAAAGUGAUUUAAUAAAUGAAAAUAAUAAUAAUAAUAAUUCUAAUAACAAAAAUAAAUAGGAGAAUACUAAUCAGUAGUAAUUUGAAGAAUAAACAAAUGAUUAGGAAAUUUCUUUACCUAACUUUAGAGUGAAAUUAAAAAGAUCUUUAGAAUAUUCUUAAAUAAAUGCUUAAGAGCUAAAUCAUUAGGAUUGA